CAGCCCGACUGUUUUCUUUAGGACGGGGCUGCAGAGUGGACACCAGCGAGGAGCUGAGGACUAACUGACCUGCAGACUGAGAGCUGAGGAGUGAAGGAGGUUUUAGGCUGGAGUUAUGAGGGUGGGAGCUGCGACCUUGGCUGGGGGGAUAUUUGGGAUAGUAGGGACUCUGUGUUUCUUUGUUGCCUUUGCUACAGACUACUGGCUGGUGGCCAGUGACGACUGUGGACCGUAUACAUGGCCGACAAAAACAACUCUGAUUACAGAUGCCAAUGGGACUGAGAUCCAGUCAGUGGAAACCGUCACUGCCUCUCCUCCACCUCUCACUCUGCACCACGAGGGCUUCUUCUGGAGAUGUGUGUUUCAGGUGGAGCCCACUACACAUGCAGUCCUGGCCACUCUCUUCACAAACCAACCAGAAUCCAAGGUCUGUAUCCAUGGUUACCUCUUCCCUUUGCCUGUCGCACUUGGACAGGUGCCUCAUCCAAGUUAUGAUACUGCAGCAGUGUUUCGGGGUUUCUGGACCGUGCUGUUAGUCCUCGGCCUGGUCGCAGCUCUAACUGGAGGCCUCCUCUUGGUCUGCGGCGUCCCCUUCAUCAGCCACAGACUGUACAAGCUGGGCGGUGCUUUCCUCAUCAUUGCUGCCUGCUUGAUCCUGUUCAUGCUGCUGCUCUACGUUCUGUGGAUGGAGGUGAUGGAGGUGAAGCGUUACGUCCUGCAGGAGAGAGGAGAGGCGUGCCCACAUGCACAGGUUUCAGUGCUCUACGGGCUGUCGUUCAUGGUGGCGGCUGCCGGCGUGCCUCUGGAGCUCAUCUCUGGGAUGGUCUUCAUGCUGGUGGGCCGUGCGCUGUACAGCAGCAAGUGAGCUCGCCGUGUUGCCUGUAGGGGAAGAAAGGACUGACCUUUUUAUGUCCUGCACUGGGACUCAUCAGCACAGUUGUGGGAUGUACAUUCUGUUAUGGAAAGACAUGAUCAGUAUUACAGCACCACCAUUUGGAUGCCAAGCAUAGGAUGCAGUCAGAGACACUCAUUUUCAGUUUUCUAUAACUUGCUUUGCUUUAUUUAAAUAAAAACCUAACCCUAAUUACUACAGAAUAAUAAUACCACCAUUAAAGAGUACACGUUAUGGGAUUAAUGUGGUGUGAUAUGGAUAUGAUACUGAUAUUAAAGGUCUACUUUAGGAUUAGUUACUCAUCCAGUGAUAUGAUGAAUUUAUGAGGAAAAUUUUGUUUUUCUCGCACGCCUCUGGACAACAAAGCAUCCAAAACCAGGAAAAAUUCUUGAUUAAUUGAAGUCAUUUGGGUCCAUGUUUGACAACAACACUAUAUCCAAACAUCCAUUUAUAAACUUUACAGACUCUUGCAGUUCAAUACAAGUCUUUUUUAUCGAGUCGUAUAGUCAUUUUUCCUCACUGAACACAGGAGUUGUGUGUGAGUUUGUACACAAGGGUUUUGAUAUAAUUUAGCUUUUAAACACAGGCCCAUUUGACUUCAACUCAUCAAAAAUUUUCUUUAUUUUUUUGUUCUUUGUUCACCUUUGAGGUCAUAAACUGCAUAUAAAAACGGAUAGCACAUCUAAUUUUCCUCCUACUGUACAAAAGCUGUUAAUAUAUUCAGGAUUCGGCUGUGCCAUCUUGUGCUGGUGAUGUCAUUGGAAACCAGAGUACGUUGUCGCGAUCUCAGCAGUAUCAAGUUUUCACCCAUACAAACGUCCAGCCAAUCGCAAGCAUCGCCACUGAGCCAGAGCACAGUGAUUGUUAAAAAAACUGUCAAUCAUAAUUUCAGCAUAAUGAAAACUGCCUAAAAUGAAAGAAACCGAAAAUGUAUUUGAUGUGUACUUUGAGUUUUUAGUUUGGCCCAUGUCCCAUCUGCUAAUAUGGAGUGGGCGGGGUUUAUGAACUGCACUGCCGCCAGCCACAUUGGGGGGCUGGCUGCAUUGGUUUCUUCACAGAUACAAAGUAACACAGGUUCAGGAAUUGAUACACAAGUAAUCAUUUCAGGGGUGAAGUAUUCCUUUAAGUAGCAACAUAUGAUGUGACAGGACAUUUCUCUAAAAGUGUGAAUACAAAUAUUUCCUCCACUCAGUUUCACCCUACCAUCAUACUACUGAUAGCUUUAUUUUGUUUUAUUUUAUUUUAUUUUUUAAUUAAAGCUGCAAAUGAUGAGGCCAUAGAGUAGAAGGUGAGAAAUGUCUAGUUGUUUGAAUUUAAAUACUUCACUCGGCUUCAUCCUACCAUCAUACUACUGGUAGCUUUAUUUUAUUUUAUUUUAUUUUUUUAUCAAUUAAUUAUUUAUUUUCUUACUAAAGCUGCAAACGAUGAGGCCAUAGAGUGGAAGGUGAGAAAUGUAUGGGUGAACCAGCUGCGUCCCCUGUCCUGAUUUUGGCACACGAUCAAAGUAGGCUAGCUGGAGCGAGGAGUGAGGUGGGAGGGAGGAACGGCUGGAUGGACUGGAGACAGAAAUGGUGAGUUUGGAUCGAGGGCGGGGAUGGAGCUGGAGAGGGGUGCAUAUAGGAGGGGAUAGAGAGAGAAUUGAUGCGUGUAUGGGGGCACAAGGGGGUUUUGAGAAAUGAACAGCUGUUUGUGGGCUUGGUUGGUGUACAGCAGGCCGGCCACCUGCCUCCUUCACCACAAUCACAUUUCACUCCCUCAUUGAAAUCUUUCUGCUUUCUCUGCUCUGCCUCACACUGUUAUUUGUCUCUGUCCCACCCAACAUGUGUCCAGAAACUUUCAAUUCAGGAAUUCAGAAAACACCCCGCCCAUUUAUUGACUCACACAUACAUAACGGCCUGCACAAUUAUGACUGUUUUUAUUUUCCCUGGGUGUUAUCGAAAUAGGACGUGAUUGUAUCAUAACUGCUUCAAUAUUAGAUCAUCCUGAUUUUUUAUUGGUCUGAAUGGGCGGCGUGUGGAAACAAGCGGGUGGACUCUCAGUCACACAUAUCCACUUUCAUCUGCUCCACUGUGGAACAGGAGAGGUGGUGGGGGGGGGGCAUGUUUGCUUCAAAGACCUCACUGAUCAAACACAUAGAAACACACAUUCAAUCACACACAUACGUACACACAUGCUGUGAUCAAACUGUCCAGAACGUUAAUUAUUGAAAUAUUCUGUAUUUUUAACUGCACAUGCACUGCUGACCCUGAUCUGACUUAUGUACAUGGAAGACGCUGUGUCAGAGUGUAAUGCUCUGAUUUAGCACCACAGCCACCGAAUGCUAAAGGUCAGCUGAGUUUACUGUGUUGUGUGUGAUACCAGAGGCUCCAACUUUGGUACAUUGUAUUCUUUUACAUGAUUGUUAUUGGUAAUUUAAUAUGUCAUUUUAUUUACAUUUAUUAUGGUAAUCGUCACAGAUUUGUCUGCCUUGCAAGAAUAGUUUUAAUAUUUUGACGCUUUCAUGAUAAAGUAUACUCUUAUUCUUCUUAAGUGUUUAAAUAAAUGUGU